AUGUUAUUAAGUAAAGUUCCAAGGAAUAGAUUCUUCUCAGUACUGAGCAAUCAAAACAUUUCUAGAGUACCGUCACUGAUUAGAAUUCCUUUAGCAACCGACUUUUCUGAUCCAGAUGCCUUUGACAGAAGAUUACCUGUUAGACCGCGUCACUUGGAUAACACGAAAAAAUCAAAAGAGUUCGGUUUUUUGUUAACUGGCGGCGCGAUAUUGGCGGAUCAUGAUAAAGGUGAAAUGAUUGGUAGUAUGAUGGUAUUUGAAGCAGAAUCCGAAGAACAGGUUAGGGAAGCGGUUGAACAAGACCCAUAUGUCAUUGAAAAAGUGUGGGAAAGAUACGAGAUCAUUCCAAUUAAAAUGUAA